AUGGCUGCCAGGAUUACACCCCAUUCAGUGAGAGACACAGAAGAGCGAGAGAUUCUGCAAGAGAAGUUCUUUUUCGUUUCUGUGCUCUUUCCUUCCUUCAUUCUUGCUCUCGUCUGUCUCGCCGCUCUCUCUGUGGAUAAGCGAUGUGUCGUAGGCAGCGAGACAGAAUCUGGACAAUCAGACAGCUCCAGCCAACAGGGAGACACAGACAUCAAACCACCACCCAAUGGGCACCUGAGUUUUCAGGAUUGCUUCGUCACCUCAGGAGUGUGGAAUGUGGCGGAGCUGGUCAGAGUCUCACAGACCCCCGUAGCCACAGCAUCAGGGCCUAACUUCUCACUGGCUGACCUGGACAGCAGUCCCAGCUACUACAACAUUAACCAGGUGGCUCUGGGGCGACGCUCUCUCACCUCUCCUCCUUCCACCAGGUCUGAAGUGGAGUUGUACGCAAACCUUCCACGGAGCUCCACCAAGAGGAAGUCCUUAGAUGACAGUGAGCUGGAGAGCCCCACAGACGAUGUUUUCUACCCUGGACGUUCGCCUGCUGCCAGCUCUUCCCAGUCCAGCGCAUGGCCCAGUGACAUGGACGCAGGACUGUCCUCGCCUGGUUCACUUAAGAAGCCGGGGAAGUUUGAUUUCAACGCCCUGACUUCCCAGACGAGGUCCCCCCGUAUGGCGUUCACACACCACCCGCUGCCUGUGCUGGCAGGAGUGAGACCAGGGAGUCCCCGUGCCUCAGCAUCAACCCUGCACUUCCCUUCCUCCUCGAUCAUCCAGCAGUCCAGCCCAUAUUUCACCCACCCCACCAUACGCUACCAUCACCACCAGGACCCGCUUAAGGAGUUUGUGCAGUUUGUGUGCACCGAUGGCACCGGACAGCCCAGUGCACAGCCUAAUGGAGGUGGCCAGAGCAAAAUGCCGGGCUCCUUCCUGCUUCCCCCGCCACCCCCGGUGGCACGCCCUGUGCCCCUCCCCAUGCCCGACUCUAAAACCAUCAGCACGCCCACUGACGGCGGACUCAGCUCACCCGCAUCUCCGUCAUACUCCACGCCAGGCUCCACAGCUCCCAACCGGUUUGUCGGCAUCGGAACACGGGACAACUUUCUGAAUAUCCCCCAGCAGACUCAGAACCCGAAGAACCCCACAAAGGCCCCGAGAGGACCCUCCCUUCACCCCUUCAACACCAUUCGAAUAGGAGUGUUCGUCCCCUUUCAUGCAGGAGGCUUCAAUGAGAUUGAGUAG